AUGAUAAAACAAACGUGGUUUGUGUUUUGAUUAACUGAUGAAUAGAUGUGAAAAACUGAAGAUCAAUGCCGUGGAUGUGAAAUUAAAGCAAGUGACAUUACAUGAGAAUUGGUUUGAGAACAGUAACAUCAGUGCUUUAGUAUCUCUGCAAAGUUUCCGUGACUACAUAUGGCCAGAGACAUCAUGACGUUUCGCUUGUCGACCACCCUUCUGUUUCUAAUGUUAUUAGUAGUCUGCUCAGCGUGGGACAACGAAGAACUGGAAUUGUUCGACUUGGUAGAGGAAAUAAACCAGAAUUUUUACGAACUGUUUGGUGUCGAUCAGGCUGCAAAAUCAUCUGAGAUCCGGAAGGCGUAUAAGCGUCUAUCACUACAGUUACACCCAGAUAAAAACAAAGCUGAGGACGCAGGAGAAAAAUUCAGACAGAUGGUGGCUGUGUAUGAAGUCCUCAAGGAUGAGAACAGAAGGAAACAAUAUGACCUGGUCCUACAGAAUGGCCUUCCUGAUUGGAGGAUGCCAGUGUAUUAUUAUCGGAGAGUCCGGAAGAUGGGGCUACUUGAGCUGGCCCUGCUCUUGUUUAUCAUCCUCAGCACUGGACAUUACCUGGUUGUCUGGUCCAUCUACUUAGAGAAGAAGUUCACAAUGGAGGAGCUGUUUACAUCUGUGCGGAAGAAGAAGGAAAAGAAAGCGAAGAAAAACAAAGCUGAGGUGGAAGAGGAGAUGGACGAAUUGUUAAAAGAGGAGCUUCAGCAGCUGCCACGCCCGCAGUUCAAGGACAUCCUGCCAUUCCAGUGUGUCCGAUUAGUCAUCCAUGUGAUUGUCUCUCUGCCCUCAUACUACGGUGCAUGCAGGGAUUAUGUGGUGGAGCUCCGCGCCAGACAGAAAGAGAGAGCCCUGGAGAAAGAGGAAGAGGAGGCUGAGGAGAUAACAGAGGUUGUCAAGAAACCAAAGAGGAGGAAAAAAGUGGAGCUCCCAGAAUAUUCCCCAGAACUAUACGAGCAGUCAAACGUUGUGUCGUAUUCACCACUGGACGACACGAAACAGGAAGAUGAAAAGCAAAUCAUAAAGACUGGGGAAUGGACUGAUGAGGAAUUGGGAUUGUUAGCAAAAGCUGUGGCCAAAUUCCCUGGGGGCACGAGUCAGCGAUGGGAGAAGGUGGCUGAGAUGGUUGGCAGGACCCCGAGCGAGGUCAUAUCAAAAUCAAAGUCCCUAAAAGGAUCCUACUUAUUAACAGUGAGCCCCCAAGCUCAAGGGUUAACUGGCAUCUCAGACAAACCUGUCAAGUUUAAAGGUGGGCGGAGCAUUAGUGAUGACAUCAUUUCCACAAAUACAGAGGUGGAAUUCACUGACAACGACAACGGUGCUGAACCAGAGGUGCGGGAAAAAAACUCAGGGACAGCAUUGAAAAAUUCAGCAAAAGUUGUAAUAGUUAAAAGUGGCCAACAAAAUGUUUCCAACUGUAGUCAGUCCAGUUCCCAUGGUAACAAGACUUCAAGCGAGGAGAACCAACCAGAUUCUUGGACUCAGAAUCAACAAAUGAUAUUAGAGUGGGCGUUGAAGCAAUAUCCUAAAGGCACAGAUCAGCGCUGGGAGAGAAUAGCUGAUCAUAUCCCGGGAAAAACAAAGGAGGAUUGUGUAUCUCGUUUUAAGUAUCUAGCAGAGCUUGUACGGAAAAGGAAAACAGCGUCAAAACAGUAGUCAUGGCAACAGUGCUGUCUGAAAGUGGUCUGGGAUUGCAGUGAUACUGCCAAAAAGUGGUCUGACAAGAAGACGAUGCUGCAGGAAACUGUCCUGAGACUGUAGUCAUAAAGCUAACAACUAGUCCGUGGCUUUGUUGCUGCCAGAAACUGACUUCCAACUCAUGUGAUACUGCCAAAACUGGUCUGACGGGAAAUGAUGCUGCCAGAAACUAGUCUGAGACAGAAGUGAUACUGCCAGAAACUGGUCUGAAACACUUACUGCUCACAGCUGAUGUCAUAUGUACAUGAAAAUAAUGGAGACUAAAGAAGGUGGCCAGUAUAUCACGACAUUGUAUCACUCAGCUGCCAAAAAUUAUCUGAAUAUUUUUGUAUUACUUAAAAAAUUUGCACCCAAAUGAGAUAACUCCUGACACAAGCGCUACAAUUGUGUCUCUUGCCAAAAUGGGAUGCUCAAGGAUCUAACUUGAAUGUCUCCUUUCUGACAUCAUCUAGAGGGUUUUACGUCCAGUGCGCAAACAUUUCUCAGGCAUUGGCAGCUGGGGUAUAAGCGGAAUUGACUGUUGUUCUUUUGAGUGAUACUUUACCAGUUUCACAAAAAAAACGCGAUAUAAAAUACAGUUCCAUUCGCCUGUUGAAACUAUCAAGGCCGUAUACCAUAGCAUUUGUGAACACCUGAGUUGGUAUCCUUUUACACUCGAUCUAAAGCAGAUAAAAGGUAGUGCUCGAAUUAAAUUUAACGUCAACAGCAUGGUGACACAGUAACUAGAGAUCAAUUCAGCCUGAUAUUGCUCUGUGGCAUCGAACAUAUAUACAUGUGUGUAUUUUUUACGGUAUUUACUAAUUACU